AUGGACAACAGGACACAACAUUCCCCUCCUGACAGUGAUUCACAGACUUCUCCACAGAUAGUGCUGUCACGUCAGCGAUCCGGAAGAAAAAAAAUCCGUAGAGACAGAGCUAAAGUAGUUAGUGAUAAUAAAAUACUCAAAAAAAAGGUUUCUGCUCUAACACAGCAAUUAAAUAAAUGGCGGCAAAGAUGUUGGAGGAUGUCCAAUAAAACAAGUAAUGAAAAGUCACCUGGAAAAGUAGUUUCAGAACUAAUGAAACAUGGGAACAAACAAGCAAUUAGACGAAAUUUGUUGUUUGGUGAAGCGAUGAAAUGUCAGUUAACACAGCAAUUUAAACAGCUCACUUCACGGCGAAGAAAAAGAGAGUUUGGUGAACUGUUGGUGGGGAAUAACAAUUUUUUUAAAAAAUAUAAAUUAUUGUGUGAUUUGCGUGGUACGACUUCAACAAAGGUAUUCAACAGUACACAUAUGCUGACCAAUAAUAAGCAGUUUCGAACAAGAUUAAAUAAAAUAAAUGAGCUAGUCAAACAGGACAUCCAUGAUUUUUUUGAGGAUGAUGAAGUUUCAAUGGUGUGUCCAGGUAAAAAAGAUUGUAUAACAAAGUUUAAAAUUAAGAAACAAAAAAGAGUUCUUACUAAUACCUUGAAAAAUCAUCAUGUAAAAUUCUUGGGAAAAGUUAAUUACAAAGUUGGCUAUGUAUCAUUUUGUAAGUUAAAGCCAUUUUGGGUUGUAAAACAUAAAGUUUCUGAAAGGGACACAUGCUUGUGCAAAGUUCAUGCAAACAUUGACUUUUUAGUUUCAGCUUUAUUUAAAAAGAACAUCAGUGACAAUGCUAACAUAAAAGAGUUCACUCGUCAUGUAUGUUGUAAUAUUGAUAAUGUAGCCUGUUUGCAAAUAAUGUGUGGUAAUUGUAAGGAUUUACAAAUUCCUUAUAAUUUAUUUGAGGCAGAUACUACAGUCACCUUCUUCAAAUGGCAAGUAAAAAGUGAAAUUUUUACAGAUAAAAAUAAGAAAACUCGAUCUGUAAAACACACUGUGAAAGACAAAAUAACUGUUUCUGCAAUGGACGCUGUUAACACCUUCAAUGAUGCGUUUAUUAAGUUUUUAUACCACGAAGAAAAUGUAAUUCAUCAGUUCCGUGCCAUGAAGAUGCUGAAGACAAAACUGAAUCCAAAUGAGGUGUUGAUUCACAGUGACUUCUCAGAAAAUUAUUCUAUGAAAUAUUCUUCUGAAAUACAGGCAUUUCAUUUUGGUGGUAGUCGCAAGCAAUAUACUCUUCACACGUCACAGAUAUACUUUAAAAAAGAUGAGUACACCUCAGUAGUAUCACAAUCAAUGUGUACUCUGUCUGAAUGUUUAGACCAUGGACCUGCUGCUGUUUGGGCACAUCUUCAACCUAUUUUUGAAUUUUUAAAACUCACUGUUCCACAAAUCACUAUUGUACAUUUUUUAACAGACAGUCCUACAACACAAUACAGGAAUAAAACCAUAUUUUAUCUCAUAGCCCAUGCCCUUCAGCAUUCAAUUGAAGUUUCACUAUGUACCUGGAAUUAUAUGGAAGCUGGUCAUGGAAAAGGUGCUCCAGAUGGUGUUGGAGGUUGUCUAAAGAGAACAGCUGAUCGAGUUGUUGCUCAAGGUGAAGACAUAGAUUGUUUUGAAAGCUUUGUUAAGGUCUUAAAAGAGAACGUCAGAAAAGUUCAAAUAAUUUUGGUUUAUGAGCAUGACAUUCAAUCAAUGAAAGAUAUUUUACCUUCAGAAAUCCCUUCUUUCAAAGGUACUUUCAAAGUACAUGAAGUGGUAUUUAUAAAGGAGUUUCCUAAUAAAUUAGUUAUGAGAAAACUCAGUUGUUUUGAUUGUUAUGAUUGUGAAAAGUUUUCUUUAGGACAUCAUAAUAUUAUUUUACCAACUAAUGAGGAAGCAGGUUGCCUAGAAAAUGUCCCAGUUGAAGUUGAAUGUGAUGUACAUAUACAAUCAACAUCUUCAACAUCAGGACUACUGUUAAAAAAUACUUUUUACGACCCAGGAACCCACCUUCUGGUGAAAUUUGAAAAAUAUUCAGAGAAAUCUUCAGAUGCUCUAGGUUUUCGUUACGUUUGUUGUGUUGAAAAACAGAACAAAGAUAAGUCUAUCACUGUUAACAGACAAAACACUUGGCAACUCCUUUACAGAAUUUAUUGUAACAGACAAUGA